AUGGCAUGGUUCGAAUGGCGCCAAGCAGUGAAAGCAGAGCUUUGGAAGGACUAUCGAUGGUUCACAAGCCAGAAGCCGCCCCCAAGCAAGAGGUGGAUGCCAGCCUUAGAGCAAAUGAAUUCCGAGUGGGGAGAAGAUCUGCGGAGACAACAGCUGCACAUUAGCAACAGUGCUUGUCUCAAUGUCACCAUUGUGCUUUUGCUCAUCGCCAACACCACCUUCCUGGGCUUCGAAGUCGACGAUCAACGCUCCGCUGCUUCCGGUGGCCGGCCGGUUUAUGUCCUCAUUGAGCUCUUUUUUGCCACGGUCUUUAUUCUUGAGUGGCUGGUGCGGAUCCAUCAACAGAGGUGGAACUACUUCUGGGACAAUUGGAAUAUUUUCGACUACACACUUGUCCUGGUCGGCUUCAAUGACUGCAUGAUGACCCUGCUGCGGCCUUUGGCCGGAACGCAGCUCUCCAGAGCCUUUCGUGUCUUCCGUGGCCUGCGGGUGGCGCGGAGCGUGCGAGGAGUGCGGCGGCUUUCAGGCCUUUGGUUCAUCAUCGGAGGCUUAUUGGAGUCCCUCCCAACGAUGGGCAUCGUGACACUGAUCGUGCUCACUUUGGUCUAUGCACUGGCCAUUUGCCUCACCACGACGGUCGCUGGGGAGCCCUUGUUGCUGUCCUUUUGGAACCACGGGCCGAUGUACACCGGAACCGUCGGCCGCUCAAUGCUGACGGUGCUACAGGUCGCCACAUUGGAUGGCUGGAGCGAUUUGAUCGCUCGGCCCAUGUGGGAUUGGUCGCCUUUUGCCAUGGUGAUCUUGAUCCUCACGGUCAUCUUGUUAAACUUUGGCACCUUCAACAUUUUGGUGGCCAUUAUGAUUGAGCGCAUCGUGACCAUGGCCACAGACACCAAGGAAGCCAACGCUCGCUUUCUGGCCACGACGGAGCAAAUGAUUAUCCAGGAGCUUGCCACCCUCUUCCACCGCUCUGAUGAGGACGGGAGUGGAAACCUCUCGUUGAAGGAGUUCAAGAAGCUCAUCAGGCAGCCGAACUUGAUUGGCAAGCUCUCACUGCUGGGACUGAAAGUCAACGAGGCGGAGGAGCUCUUCCACCUCCUAGACGCCGAUGCCAGCGGGGAGGUCACGGGGGAGGAGUUGAUCCAAGGAAUUCAGCGUUUGAAGGGGCCUGCGAAGGGGCAGGACAUGGUCUAUCUCAUUAGCGUCGUGCAGAAGGAACAUUGGAGAGCCGGUUGCUUCGUUCAGCUCCUCCGGCGGGUGAACCAGAAGGCGGAUGAGAUCCAGGUCAGGCUCAACCAUGUGGGUGCCCGGCUCUCGCGAGAAGCUGGCAGGGUUCGCAAUGCCGAUCGCUACUGGGAACACCUGCAGGUGCAGGCGAAGAACCGUGACUCCGUCAUCGCGGAGAUGGAUCAGAAGCGCUUCAGCCAGUACCCGGUGCUAACCCAGGCGCAGGUGAAGAUGAAGGGAGCAGAUGAGUUGGAUAACAAUUUGCUCGAGUGA